CUUUUCCUCCCCCUUCUCGUUCUUUUUGAUUCCGUCUUGUUUUCCCUGUAAGAAAAGAAGAAAAUGCCCGACACCACGUGCAAAUGUACUCCUUCAGCUGUGCCCGGAACCCGGUGGGCCAUUCUCAUUGGUAUCGACUAUUACGUCCACGACGAGGCACAGUCACACCCAUAUUCCCUUAGCCUGCGCGGAUGCGUCAACGACGUGAUACUUGUCCAGAAAUUCCUCUGCCAAUCGACCGAUAUAGAUCCGAACCGGAUUCACAAGCUCAUAGCCUCGAGACCCGACCAACCGAAUAACGAAGCCAACUUAGGCUUACCGUCAUAUGAGAAUAUCGUAGAACUCUUCCAACAUGUUACAACGAAAGCCAAGAAGGGUGACUUGGUCUAUAUUCACUAUUCAGGCCACGGCGCCCGCGUGAGAUCGAUUUUCAGCCACCUCAAAGAGAAUGGUGGCGACCUGCCGGAUUCGCUUCCGUCCCAAUCUUCAUCCAGCAGCGAUCCGUCUCAACAGCGCAUCGCCUGUGGAUCUUUAGAUGAGGCCUUGGUCCCGUAUAAUAUUGCCAAUCAACAAGGGCGAUACCUCCGAGACGUCGAGAUAGCAGUGAUGCUCCGCAAUAUGUCGAAAAAGGAACUCCUGGUCACAACAGUGAUAGAUUGCUGUCAUUCUGGGGGAAUGAACCGCGAUGGGGGCAACAUGGGGGGUAUCUCAUACCCGGAUCGCGAGCUACCGCAUACCGAUCACAGCUCUUUCAAAGAAGACGAACUUAAGCUUGCCUACUCUGAUUUGUGUAGGGGUAAAGGAACGGACGGCGAUAGAUCCGCGCGUGUGGGAGAGCAUUGGCUCCUUGGUUCAGGAUGGAAGGGUCAAAUUUUCUUCGCAGCUUGCGGCGAGGGGGAAAGAGCAGCUGAAGCUAUGUUCGGAAACAAACGCUAUGGAGUCCUUACCUAUUUCUUGGUUGAACAUCUCAACUCAGGGUCUGACUUAUCUUGCGACGAAAUAUCCCGGUUGCUAAAGCAGGAUAUGUGUAAUAAAAACCAAAAACCUCUCUUAGGAGGGGAGAAAGACCGACUGUUCUUUCGUGAUGAGACCUUACACCUGUUUCAAGGCGUAGCUAUUGAGGAAGUUGAAGUAGAGCCCCGGGUUGGAUCCACAAUACGAUUAGGGGUCGGUGGGGACUCAUGGUAUCACUCCAGAGGACGUAUUCGACAUCCGGCCGCGUUUGCGUUCGGAGUCUAAGCCUCUUGCCCGAAUGCAGGUGAUGGAUGUAUCCGAAAACAAUUGUAAAGGGGUUUUUACCCAUUUCUUCGAGGUGGCGCGCCCCGCCUCGGACACAAUUAAAGAAGAUUAUCUUGGGACGCCAGCGCACAAAUGUCGUAUGAAGUUCAUAUCAUCUCUUACAGAACGCCUGCAGACGAUUACGAAAGAAUUACAUCUCGCGCAUAAGCAAGA